AAAGAAAAAAAACUUAGUAUCUGAGUGCCUUCAGACAAAAUCGAACGGAAGACCUACGCACCAACGAAGAAACCUAAUAUAUAUAUAUAUAUAUUUUGGCUAAUUCUUAAAAACUUCUGUAAAUUUCACCAGUAAAUUAGCCAUUUCAGGCUUCAGGUUCAGAACUCUUAUCAAAACACUAGUGUCUUCUUCAGUUCUUCUCCAAGCCGACAUGAAUUCAGUGACCGCUGCCUGAAAAUGUCACCGGAGCUCUUAUCAGACUACUCUCUACUACUUCUCAAGUCUUCAUCUUCCUGAGAGGAACUCACCCACAAACUAACAAGAUUGUAGUUAAGCUCGUUCGAUAGUAUACAUUCCAGUACGAAUCUGAACCCGAUGGAUAUUGUUGAAUCUAUACAAGAUCUUCCAGUUCAGGAUCCACCAGUGGAGGAGUUCUCCUCUGUUGAUUUGACUUGGACCAAAUUUGGCAAUUCCGAGAAUCAUGAUGAUGCAGCCCUCAUUCCUUAUGACCGAGUAGACGAAUUUAUAAUCGGUGAAUGCUCAAAUUUAGAGUGUCCAACGCGAUUUCAUAUUGAGAGGGGAAGAAAAAGAAAGAAGGGCAUCUUAAAGGAGUACGCUGAUGAUGAGUAUUUGGAAUAUAAGCUGUAUUGGUGUUCUUUUGGUCCUGAAAAUUAUGGGGAAGGUGGGGGUAUUUUACCUAGCAGAAGAUAUCGACUCAACACCCGCAAUCGCGCUGCUAGACCUCAAUCUAUGCGGGGCUGUACAUGCAAUUUUGUGGUGAAGCGUCUCUAUGCACGUCCAUCACUUGCACUACUUAUCUAUCAUCAGAGGCGUCAUGUGAACAAAUGUGGUUUUGUUUGCCAUGGCCCACUUGAUGGAGAUGCCAUUGGUCCCAGAGCCAAGACAGUUCCAUAUAUCUGUAAUGAGAUUCAACAACAAACAAUGUCUAUGAUCUAUCUGGGUGUUCCUGAAGAGAAUAUACUAGAAAAACACAUUGAGGGGAUUGAGCGAUAUUGUGCUUCAAAUGCAAAAGUCAAUAGCCUUGCUUCCCAGUAUGUCCACAAACUUGGGAUGAUUAUCCAAAGGUCUACCCAUGAAUUGGAUCUUGAUGAUCAAGCCAGCAUCCGCAUGUGGGUUGAGCGCAAUAAGAAAUCCAUAUUCAUUCAUCAGGAUACUUCAGAAACUGAUCCUUUCAUUCUGGGGAUUCAGACGGAGUGGCAACUGCAACAAUUGAUACGUUUUGGCCAUCGCAGUCUCAUUGCAAUUGAUUCAACAUUUGGCAUAAAGAGACUUAAGUAUCCUUUGUGCACACUUCUUGUCUUUGAUUCAAGACAACAUGCACUCCCUGUUGCAUGGAUCAUCACACGCAGCUUUUCAAAGCCAGAUGUGUCUAAAUGGAUGACAGCUCUACUUGGUCGAGCUCGUAGUGUUGAGCCUGGAUGGAGGGCCAGUGGGUUUUUAAUUGAUGAUGCAGCAGCUGAGACUGAUCCCAUCAGGGAUAUUUUUGGUUGUCCUGUCCUAUUUUCCCUCUGGCGUGUUCGAAGAUCAUGGCUGAGGAAUAUUGUAAAGAAAUGCAAUAACAUUGAAGUUCAACGGGAACUUUUUAAACGUCUGGGUAAUAUUGUGCAUGGCAUUUGGGGUGCAAGUGAUACAGCGGUUGCCUUAGAACAACUUACCCAGGAUUUUGUUGAUCAGACUGCUUUUAUGGAAUAUUUUAAAAGUCAUUGGGUGCCUAAGAUUGAAAUGUGGCUUUCAACAAUGAGAAGUCUUCCGCUUGCAAGUCAGGAGGCAUCUGGUGCUAUUGAAGCAUAUCACGUGAAGUUGAAAGUGAAAUUGUUUGAUGAUUCACAUCUUGGAGCACUCCAAAGAGUUGAUUGGUUAGUGCACAAACUGACAACUGAGCUGCACUCAGGCUACUGGCUUGACCGAUAUGCUGAUGAAUGUGAUUCUUUUCAAAACGUCAAGGAAGAAUAUAUUGCUUCUACAUCUUGGCACAGGGCACUGCAAAUUCCUGAUUCUGCUGUUACCUUGGAUGAUAAAAACCGUCUCUUUGCCAAGGUUUCAAGCCAGAAAGACAGUAGCAUUGUACAUCUAGUGUGGAAUCCCGGAUCAGAAUUUUCCUUUUGUGACUGUGUGUGGUCGAUGCAAGGAAACAUUUGCAAGCAUGUCAUCAAAGUCAAUAUGAUCUGUGAAAGUCAUCAAGGUUAUCAACCUUCCAUGUCUUUCCAGUCAUUCAAAGAGUUGCUCGUCAGCCUAUCAAAGAAACCAAUGGAGGAUGCAAUUUCACAAGAUCUAUCAAUGGUCUCUGCUGUGGUUCUUCGUCUCGCUUAGAUUGAUAGUGAGGGAGGUUGUUGAUCGGCAUAGACAGGUCUCAAUUUUCGUUUGUUUCCAGCUUGGAGGCAUAAAAGAUUGUAUCUGAAUUGCAAAGCUCUGAUUUUUGGUGUGGAUGGAGGAUUUUAAUUAGCCGAGCUCUUUCUUUCUGUUCUUACCAAUUGAUGCCCGAGUAUAUAAAGCAAAACGUGUAAUCUGCUGUGUUCGGGAAGCCUCCAUCAACAUCCGGAAUCACUGUUAGUAACCUCAGAGUCGGCAAUCAUGCAGAAUCACCAACAGUGAGGACUCGAUAAGAGUUCGACUUUUCUCUGUAAAAGUUCAAGGAGUGAGAUACAAAAGAGCAAAGGACAAAUCAAUUUACGUUUGUUUUGGAGAAGGGCACGAUUUGCUGCACGAAUGAGAUUCAGAGAAAAUUCUUGACUGCCAAUUCUAAUCCCCUUAACAGAGGUUUUUUGCAAAGGAGUAUGUGGAUUGUUCUUUUGCCGCUGUUCCUGGUUUUGUUAAUUGCUGUUAGUUGGUUGUCCUGUCGUGGUUCAGAUAUUGGGAACAGUGUGCGAUCAAAUUUUGGAAGUGCUUUGAAUUCAGUCUCUAUAAAAGGUCAAGCACUAAGAUACGAAUGAGAAGACAACAAAUCAGUUUGGGUUCGUUCUGGAAAAGACUGGUUAAGGAGCUUGAUGAUGCAGCAGUCAAAGUUCAGAAAGUUUUGUAUAUCAAACUCGAAGAAACCUUGCAGAUCGUGCAGUGGUGGCUGAGGAGAUGGAAACCUUUUAGAUUCUGCAGCUCUCAAGCAGAGUUCUGUGUCAUUCUUCGAUGUUGAGAAGCCGGAAACCGCCUCUUUGUGGUAGGCAAGGGCUAGGACUAGGCUGCGAAGAUUGAUCCACGCCAUCGGUAUAGACACAAUUUACACAUGUACUACGAUUUGUGGUUUGAAAGUCAGAGCAGCCAGCCUUUCUUCUACUGGCUGAAUGUUCGAGAUGGCAAGGAAACAAAUCUUGAGCUAUGCUCGAGGACAGUUCUACAGAGUCAAUGCAUCAAGUACCUUGGACCGGAUGGUUUCUCAUCUAAUGUUGGGACCUUGAAAUGGGUAAACCAUGUCAUUCUCUUAUCUCAGUUAAAUGUUUACAAAGGUGCUGGUGGCAUUCAAGCUCUCAUGAAAAGCAAUGAAAGAAAAUUAGCCGAAGAAGAUGGGUCAAUACUGAUGGCCUCUGAAAUCCCUUACACCAUCAUCAGGGCUGCCAUUAGAGAACUAACCGAAUAUAUGUGGAUCAAUUAUGCAUAGUUUCUUCAUGUCCUUUGUGAAAUUCAAAUCAGUUUGCUCUCUUUACAUUGCUGUAAUCUAAUAUACAUGGGGAAAAAAUAUGUACUGUUCACAUUUUGUAAAGGAGGCCUGAAUUUUUUAGCAAUUGUAAGCAAUCCUAGACGAUGUCUGAAUAGAUCAUUAUGUAAAGUUCACUCAUAUGAUACAAAAGUGCAUUGGUCGUAGGAGAUUCUAGGUGUGUUGCAAUGGCUCUUUUUUCAAAUGAAAGAGAAACAGUCCACAAACAAGUAGCUGCUGAAACAUCCCAUGCAGAAUGCAUACUUGGUCAUAUUCCCAAAUUUUGGAUUCUUAUGAUAUGUUUGAUAGAUUUGCUUAUAUUUACCAUGUGAUCAUUGGUUUCUUAUGAAUUACUACAGUUUUUUUUUUCUAUUGGUUUAGGUUGAUCUUUAUUUCAGCAAGAGUUUAUAUGUAACUAAGUGAAUCACUCUCUUCAGAUGCUAGGCAUGAAUUUCAAAUAUUUAAAUCAUGGUGGUUCUGUGGCAGGUUGAAACUGAAUUUGAACAACAAUGGGAGAUGGUAAGGCGGAAGAAUGGAAAAAUGCGAUUCACAAUGGUGAACAUGUUUGGGGUUAGCAGACUGUUGUUCAUGUUCACUAUUUUAGCACAGUAGAAGAUAAAAAGCUAAAAGAGUUAAUGGUGAUAUUGGAAACUUAAAGUAAGUUAGUAACUACUUUUAAAAGCUUAAAAUCAGUAACAGGUCUGAAGGUGAUGAGAUAAUUGAUUCCCUUGAACCAGAGAUAGCUCAUUCUUCACCAAUAUGUUGGUCCAAAUUUGCUUAUGGGAUUCAAAAGUCUACAGUUUGUUACCAAAUGUUUUAAUUUUUACAGCUUACUCUUUUUGAUGCAAAUGUUCCAAACUGAUAGCAUCCGCUUAUCACAACCUAAAAACUUGCAGUAGUUUUCUUUUCUAUUUGAUCUUCAGCUUAGAAAAAAAAUUUGCUUACAGGGAACUACAAUCAAUAAAUUUUUAGCAGAAAAUGCAACUUCAGAAUUCUACAAAGGGAUGCUUUUAUUCAUUCUAAACUCCUUAUCUGAUGUUUAUACUUCUUUACUGCUUUAAACUCACAGCAGCAUUGUUUUUUCUUUCAUGUUCACCUUUAAAAAAUAAUUUGUUGAGAGUUUAAAAUUUCUUCCAUGUGCUAACUUUCAAUAAUUUGAUGUGCAUUUAUGCUUUCUAUUUUGUAUUUUGUGAAUGAGUUAAUAACAAUAACAUGUUAUAAUUGAAAUCAUGCUCUGUUUUAACGUGAUAUGUCAUCAUGUGUGCUCAAGCUGUUCUAACCAUAAUGACCUUAAGAGAUUGAUUGUAGUAUCUUGAUAUCAGGGUCGAGUGAGAAAUUGGUUUUAGAUAAAGAGAACAGAAGCCAAUGCGACAGGAAUAACUGGGGGAACCCAUUCAAAGCAUCUGAAGCAUGGAUAGAGUGCCUAUUGAAAAAAUGAAAAGCUUUUCAUCAGCAAAGGUGAUAUGGCAAUAACAGCUUGGACUGAGGACCAGCAGCAUGAGAUGAAUAUCCAUUUAGAUCGUGUAUCAUUAUGCAACAUCCAUCAAACACUUCUCAUUAUUGUAUUCUGUUUAUUCCUUCAUUAAACUAUGUAUACCAAGUUUGAUUUCUCCAUCA